UACAGAGCGUUGAUUAACCUGCCGUUGCUGGCUUGCUGCUUUCGCGCGACAGAAAUGGCGUUCACGCUGGUGGGAGCCUUCAAGGGCCUCUCGCUCUCCUCAUCCUCCUCCUUCCUCCGCGGCGACCGCGCCGCGCUCUCCGGCAACAACCUCGGAAUGGGCGUGGGCGUGGCGACGCUGCCGGCGCGCGGGCUGACGAUCCAGAUGGCGCACAAGAAGGGGGCCGGUAGCACCAAGAACGGGAGGGACUCCAAGGGCCAGCGCCUCGGGGUCAAGAUUUACGGCGACCAGCUCGCCAAGCCCGGCGCCAUCAUCAUCCGCCAGCGCGGCACCAAGGUCUAUCCUGGAAAUAAUGUUGGAAUGGGCAAGGAUCACACCCUCUUCGCUUUGAUUGAUGGACUUGUCAAGUUUGAGAAAUAUGGACCAGACAGGAAAAAGGUAAGCGUUUACCCAUAUGAGAAGCAGCCUGAGAACCCGAACAGUUACAGGGCAAGGAAGAGAGAGAACUUCCGCUUGCAGCGUGAACGUAAGAAGGCAAGAACAGAGAGAACUUAUGAGCCACAGUUGGUGUUGGCAGCUGCCGAUGGAAGUGCUGAGGCCAAAGCAGACUGCUGAUAGUUUACUGUAAUGUAUUUCUCUUUUUUUACAGUCCAUGCUUGAAAAAUCUUUCUCGAAUGUAAAUCGUCGACUGCAAGUUGAAUGCAAGUCCAGUUUCAUUUUGAA